GCUGGCACUGGCGACACUGCAAAGAAAUAACCUCAAUACUUGUUCUCAAGCCAAAUAACAAUUCCUAACGCUGUCUCUUUUUUACGAGUGAUCUGUUACCGUAGUGUUAUACUUCCAUCAAGUUUCCAGUAAAAUGGUUAAGGCUAAGGAAGCGGUUGCUAAGUCGGAUUCUUCCGCAAAAAAGAAAUUAAGGCCUAGCAAAGUUAAGAGCUUGGCUAAAUUUGAAACGAAGAAAAAGGCUAGGGCAGCAGGUACCCUAAAGAAAAAGCCCAAACAAAAUUUGUUGAGUGGUACAGCUACAUGGAAAGUGGUCUACAAGAGUGGAACAUGGCGUUUUGUUCACAGACCUACUGAAGCUAAGUUGAUAGCUAAGGCUAAAGCAGAAGGAAAACCAUUGAAUGACACACCGAAAAAAAAGAAGUCCAUAAUUGUCAAACCAAUCAAGGGCGAGAAGAAUGGUGAAACUCGUGAAGUACACACUGUCAAACGCAAGGCGUACUACCCAACAUUGAAAACACCGAAGAAACAUAAGUCUCGUGGUUUAUUUAAGAACCACAAACGUAAUACACGCCCAUCGUUGACCCCAGGAACAAUUGUCAUUUUGUUGACAGGUGUUCACAAAGGUAAACGUGCAGUUUUGUUGAAAACACUUGAUACAGGUUUACUUUUGAUCACUGGGCCAUUUAUUUUAAAUGCCAUCCCAAUGAGACGUGUUCACCAAGGUCAUGUUAUUGCCACCAAGACCAAAUUGGAUAUUUCAAGUGUGAAGAUACCUGAGGAGGUUGAUGACAAGUAUUUCAAGCGUACGCUAUUAAAGAAGAAUCCCAAGAAGAAUGAUAGCAAAAGUUUGUUUGUCCAAAAACCCAAGACCUACCGACCAAGUGAAAAAAGGAAGUCUGAUCAAAAGACAGUCGAUGCACAGGUAUUGAACAUUAUCAAGCAACAUCCAGACAAGAAAUCUUUCUUCAUGUAUCUCUCAUCCAUGUUUGGAUUAAGAAAUAAUCAAUACCCACACAGAAUGCAAUUUUAAAUUUACUGUAUGUAUUGGUUGUUUCUUUCUUUAUGAAUACAUGAAUAUACUACUACAUGUAUUUUUUAAA